CGUGCGGGGCGAGGUGGAAAAGUUGCUGUUGAAUUUCACUUUAAGGGACCGGACAGAAAGCAGCGAAAUGGAUGACUUCCGCUCCAUCUGCCUGCUGUCUCUGGCUAUGCUGGUCGCCUGCUAUGUGGCAGGAAUUAUCCCCUUGGCAGUUAAUUUUUCCGAGGAGAGAUUGAAGUUGGUGACUGUUCUGGGUGCUGGGCUACUAUGUGGAACUGCCUUGGCUGUCAUUGUGCCAGAAGGAGUACAUGCACUUUAUGAAGACAUUUUGGAGGGGAAGCAUCACCCAGCAAGCGAGAUGCAGCGUGUGAUUGAGUCUGAGAAGGUAGCAGAAAUCCCAGUCGUACAUGAGUAUGGCCAUGACCAUUCCAGGUUGCAUGCCUACAUUGGUGUGUCCCUUGUCCUUGGCUUUGUCUUCAUGCUGUUGGUGGACCAGAUAGGCAGCUCUCAUGUGCACUCUACGGAUGAUCCAGAAGCUGCAAGAUCAGGCAACUCCAAAAUCACCACAACGCUGGGGCUAGUAGUCCAUGCAGCAGCUGAUGGUGUUGCAUUGGGUGCAGCAGCUUCGACUUCUCAAACUAGUGUCCAGUUGAUAGUGUUUGUUGCAAUUAUGUUGCACAAGGCACCAGCUGCCUUUGGCCUGGUUUCUUUCCUGAUGCACGCUGGGCUGGAACGGAAUCGAAUUAGAAAACACUUGCUGGUCUUUGCAUUGGCAGCACCUGUUAUGUCCAUGGUGACAUACUUAGGGCUAAGCAAG